AGUCUGGGAAAGAUAUUCUGAAGGUCACAGAUUCUUUGCAGUGCAGGUGGCAGUUUGCUGCUUUGCAUUGCUGAUGUUGCCUCCUUGCUGACUGACUGAAUAGUGGGUGCCAUCCAAGGCAUGCUGAGUGUCUGCUCCAAGUGAAGCUGUGGCUUUUGAGGCCAUCUGAACAGGAGUUCAACAACUUUUGCUGAAGAAUUAAAACCUUGAUGCUUUUGUUGCAUUUGAGUCAGUCCAGGCUGCAUCCAUGAGUGGAUUCUCCAUCCUUGAGGUUGCAACCUGCCUACAGGUGGAGAACCUGCAGCAUCCUUAACUCCAGGCACUCCUGCACUUAGACCAACCACGAUGGCAGGUCGAGGUGGAGCUGCCCGACCGAAUGGACCGGCUGCUGGGAACAAAAUCUGCCAGUUCAAACUCGUCCUGCUGGGAGAGUCAGCGGUGGGGAAGUCCAGCCUGGUCCUGCGCUUCGUCAAGGGGCAGUUCCACGAGUACCAGGAGAGCACAAUUGGAGCUGCCUUCCUCACACAGACAGUGUGUCUGGAUGACACAACAGUGAAGUUUGAGAUCUGGGACACGGCGGGGCAGGAGCGAUACCACAGCCUGGCCCCCAUGUACUACCGGGGCGCCCAGGCUGCCAUCGUGGUCUACGACAUCACCAACACAGACACAUUUGUACGAGCCAAGAACUGGGUGAAAGAGUUGCAGAGGCAGGCUAGCCCCAAUAUUGUAAUUGCACUAGCAGGAAACAAGGCAGACCUUGCUAACAAGAGAGCUGUGGACUUCCAGGAUGCACAGACAUAUGCAGAUGACAACAGCUUGCUGUUCAUGGAGACGUCAGCGAAGACAGCGAUGAAUGUGAAUGAAAUCUUCAUGGCAAUAGCCAAGAAACUGCCAAAAAACGAACCCCAGAACGCUCCUGGUGGCCCGGGCAGGAAUCGGGUGGUGGACCUUCAGGAGAGCAGCCAGCCCAGCAGAAGCCAGUGCUGCAGCAACUGAGCAGCUGCUGCAGCCCACGAGCCCUUGGAGGAGUGACUGGAACCCACGCUAACGAUCGCACUUACCGUAGGGCGGCCGCUGCCGGCGCCGCCGUGAUUCUCCAUCCCUUUCUGAUCAUAGGCUGGAGGGAGUUCUUCCACCUGCACCUUUCUGUACAAAUACUAAUUCAAUUCUAAGUCUUAAGUCACUUUUUUAAUAUAUGAACUUCUGCUCUUCCCUCUUCCUGGUGGUGGUGGAUGCAGGAGCUGGUGUCUGCCCAGCCAGCGUGGCCGUCCCGCAGGUGAGGCCAGCAGCAGCCAGGUCCCACAGCACUGUAGUUCACUAUGGGAAACAAAGGGAUAUUGGGACACGUGUUUAAGGUUCCCUGUCUGUAAGAGCUGAGGCUGAUCCCGUACGAUGUGCCCAGAACAACCACUAAACUGUAGCAUUAGAGACAAACUCCGGCUCUUGGGCCACUUAUUGACCAAAUCAAUGAUGAGUAUUUGGGGUGGGGCAGAGGGAAGCAAAACUGGUUUCUUCUGUAUUUUGUAUUGUAUGUUUCUCCAUGUAACCAAUCAGUAUCUUGUCAAUAUAGUACAUCCAACGA